ACGUUCGUUGGGACAUUGCGGGUAUUUAAUUGUGUGUGGAUGUCGGUAUACAGACACAUAGGUAUACCCGUCAACUGGCUACCUGUGUCGGUUGACGAUAAUUAUUUCACUUAUUCGGGACCAUGCCACCGACACGACAGCAGCGGUACACUUGUCAGAUAUCAAUAGGGAGUACCCGUAAAUCUCCCGGAACAAACAGUACUGACCCUCCGGAUGUUGUCCUGGACUCGGAAUGGAGACAGAUCGAGGGAAACACUUACACAGGGCGAACAGACAACGGACAGACAAGUCUUCAAAGUGUAAAACAGGAAAAAUCAGUCAGUCCUGAGCUUGAACAGUUUAAAAGAGGUACAUGUACGCAAACAUAUACAGAACGGACAGACAGACAGACGCAUCCCAAUCAUGUACAACAGGAAAACAAUUCGAGAUCAGCGAGUCCUGAAUCUGGACAGUUAGAAGGAGGUAUAAAUGCAGUUAUAACAGAAAAAUCAUGGUCGAGUCCUCUAAGUGAACAACAGACUGAUAAUUCAAAAUCAGCGAGUCCUGAACCCGGACAGUCAGAAGAGGGUACAUCCGGAGGUAGGACGGACGACAAAGGAACGAGUCCUGAACUCGGACAGUUAGAAGGAGGUACGUCCACAGGUAGGACGGACGACCGAACGAGUCCUCUAAGUGUACAACAGACUCGCAAUUCAAAAUCAGCGAGUCCUGAACCCGGACAGUCAGAAGAGGGUACGUCCGCAGGUAGGACGGACGACGGACGGACGAGUCCAAUAAGUGUCCAACAGAAUAACAAUUCAAAAUCAGCGAGUCCUGAACCCGGACAGUUAGAAGGCGGUACAUACCAGAACGCAAAUAGAACAGAGAAAGGAUGGAUACAUCCUGAAAGCCUACAAAACGGAGUUGAUUCAGUUAGUCCAGAUCCCUGGCAGUUAAAGGAAGUUAUAAACUCAGGUGUAACAGAUAGCGGACGGACGCGUCCUAUAAGUGUACAACAGACUGAUAAUUCAAAAUCAGCGAGUCCUGAACUCGGACAUUUAGAAGGAGGUACGUUCACAGGUAGGACGGACGACGGACGGACAAGUCCUCUUAGUGUACUACAGACUCCCAAUUUAAAACCAACGAGUCCUGAACUCGGACAGUUAGAAGGAGGUACGUCGGACGACGGACGGUGUGUACAACAGGAGGAAAAUUCAAAACCCCUCACUCCGGAGCUCAGAGAUGGAGUAGACGACGGACGGGCGCACCUGCAAAGUUUACAGUGGAAAGGAAGUUCCAAACUACUCAGUCCUAAACUCAGACAGUCUUAUUUAGAUUUCUUCAACAAAGCGGACAUUUCCCAUGUUGGUCAGUUGACUGUCCACCAGUUCCGAGAUGCAGUGGUCAAGCUUGGCUUCACCGGAACAACUUUACAGAUUGCUGCGAUGUUCGCUGAUUUAAAUCCUAACGAUGACCUUGUCGUCACCUUGGACGCAUUCAUGACGGAGAUGUGUAAAUCGGACAGUAGAAAAUGGACCCCACAAGACCUAGCGGACAUCUUCCACUUCCUGGAUGUAGACGGGGAUGGUCUGAUCACAGAGAAGGAUAUCGAGACGUCAUUGGAACGCCAGGACAAGGUCAAAAUGGACGACAUUAUACAUCGCAUGAUCCACGAGUACGAUUUCGACCGUGACGGCGCGCUGUCACUUCAAGACUUCCAAAAAGGCUGUCAGCGCGACCAGCGGAAGCAUGUAUCGUCGGUAAUAACACCUGCCCACACGGAUUAAUUAUAUAACGCUCAUAUGAAUAAUUGUGCUGCAAGUUUCACGAAAUCAGACAUUUAAUUUUUGUCCGCACGUGACGGAUUUACACGUACAUUACAAUGUUCUGUGCAUGACGACUGUCAUUAACAUGAUAUAUCUUCAAAACAAGAUAAUCGAUAAAGUUGACAUUGUUGUACAUUUUUGAAAACGUCUUUUAUCCUUGACAGAAAUGAACACAAUCGAGAACCAUCGGCACUUUCCGUAAACGAGAAAAUACCCUGAGGUGUUUUCUCGUUUGCGGUAAGUCCGACGGUUCCCUUUGAAAUGAACAAUCAACUCGGAAUUUUGAAUGAACCAUGAUACAGAAACAGCUGUUGUUUCAAAUCGUCCUAUCAAACCACCGGGACUUAAGAUGAAUUCCUCUCCCAAGGUUCAUGUAUAAGAUGUAUCAAAGAUAACAAUUCCAAAAAGAGAAAACCCGAAUAAGGACUUAUCCUAUAUUAUUGCAUGAUAUGAUGUAAACAUCAACGCAAAGAUAUGUUUCUAAUUUCAAAUAUGUAAUCACAAAAAAAACCACUUAAAUAUUGAGUUAAUUAAAAGAUGAAAUGAUUUUUUUAAAAUACGUACAAUGUAGAUUAGGCUAGGUUGAUAAUCACUGAUGGUUAGCUACAUAUCAUCCAAUACAAGUAUAGAUACAAAAUGUAUUUGCCGGUUGUGGUGCAGUCAACUAUACCAGAUCAAAUCCACAUGCCUUACUGAGAUAUUAGUAUAACAUGUCGUUCAUAAGAAAAUCGUUUAUGAAUAAACUAUCUACAUCCGGUCGGGGACUCGAACCUAGUCGAGUAGGUUCCGUAAGCGACCCCCGCGGACCAACCUAUGAUAAUAUAAGUAUGCAUACAUUUGAUUUAAACAUAUUUUUAUUGAUAGAUAUGACAACAGGAAUGAGAGACAACUUAUUGCAACUCAUACACGUUUUUCCCCCAUUAAUCAUUAUCCUCAAAAAUAUAAAUCUACAACAAAAUAUAGUGUAUGAAAUUUGUAAACGACUUAAGAAGAGAGAGAUACAGAAGGACAGAGGGAGAUACAGAGAGAGAGAGAGAGAGAGAGAGAGAGAGAGAGAGAGAGAGAGAGAGAGAGAGAGAGAGAGAGAGAGAGAGAGAGAGAGAGAGAGAGAGACAGAGAGAGAGAGAGAGAGAGAGAGAGUCAGAGAAAGGACGAGGACUCUUGGUUUCAGAACUCGUUCUAUUAUGAAUAAAGGAAUUACAA